UGAUGUGUGAAGGGUUUAUUGGCCUAUAACUCCUCAUUGGAAAUAAAGCAACAGAUAAUUAUCUCUCACUACAGUCUUCUAGGAUUGGUCGGCUCUACUGUCAAUCAUACGCCCCAAGCCUAAACGGGAUGAAUGGGAUGUAGCCUACUCAUCUAUUCGCCGUAGUGCGCUCCCUCUCGCUCACACGCCUGUUGGCCAAGUGAUGGGAGACAACCACCGAUACUUUGUUUUUACGCACAGGGCGCGGACACACCUGACCGGAGUAUCUUUUCGUUUCGUUUGGAAUUGCGUAUCAAUGGAGCUGGAAAUUAGAUUAAUUCAUCACUAAAUAAUAAGAAGUCCGUUAUAAACAGCGUAUAGGCAAGUUGUGGAAUUAUGUCACCAGGAUUUUUGCAGUGGAAGAGGAGCGAAUAACUUUAGCCAAUAUGCGUUUUUGGAUUAUGACUCGUCUCGCCCGACUGUCCUAUGGAAUAUAGCCCAAUAUAUCAGAACCUGCAUUUUGUCUCAUCAUCCCACGUGAGGAAUAAACUCUUUGUUUUCUGCAUCAUGUUGUCCCUGUGGGUGUAUAUGAUAUAUUGCUGCGUCGGAUACUGUUCAACCAUGCCAAGUCUGAUGGUCGGUACAGCCAGCAGUAAACAUUCACAACAUCUCGAAACAGUUGACCCUAACAGAACUCAACCCCGACUCCAAAACGAAGGGGACUUGGAAUCCGAACACCAAGAAGAUCCGUUAGAUUCUUUAGAUCCGUUAUUCGGCGCAUCAUCCAGGGACGUGUUAAAUAAUGAGAGUGAUUUGGACAGCAGAGGAGGGGAGGACUGGGAUGAGAUUCGAAGCGAGCAGAGGACGUUGGAUAAUAAUGUCGUGUCAAGUCUCUUCAACGAGUCAGGGCCGGUGGAGAGUAAGAAGUUGCCCCAGGCGAUUAUCAUCGGGGUGAAGAAGGGAGGCACACGGGCGCUGCUGGAGUUCCUCCGCGUGCAUCCCGACAUUAGAGCUGUUGGGGCCGAGCCGCACUUCUUUGAUCGGAACUAUGACAAGGGGCUAGAGUGGUACAGAGACCGUAUGCCUGAGACUCAGGAGGGUCAGAUCACCAUGGAGAAGACCCCCAGCUACUACGUCACUAAAGACGUCCCCGCCCGUAUCCACACCAUGUCCCCAGACACCAGGCUGAUUGUGGUGGUCCGAGACCCCGUCACCAGGGCCAUCUCAGACUACACUCAGACCCGCUCCAAGAAACCUGACAUCCCCUCCUUUGAGAGCCUCGUCUUCAAGAACAGAACUACGGGUCUCAUCGACACGUCCUGGAGCGCCGUCCAGAUCGGGAUGUAUGCCAAGCACCUAGAACGCUGGCUGCAGUACUUCCCCAAGGAUCAGCUCCUCUUCGUCAGCGGGGAGAGGUUGAUCUCCGACCCAGCCGGGGAGAUGACACGCGUACAGGACUUCCUGGGGCUCAGGAGGGUGGUUGGUCACAAACACUUUCACUUCAACCCAGCCAAGGGCUUCCCCUGUCUGAAGAGGCCGGAGGGGAAUAGUAAACCUCACUGUCUGGGGAAAACCAAAGGAAGGAUUCAUCCUAAUAUUGACCCUGAGGUGGUACAGAGGCUGAGGGACUUUUAUCGACCUUUCAACAGGAGGUUUUAUCAGAUGACGGGACAUGACUUUGGAUGGGGUUCAUGGAGCUGAGCGACGGAGACAUUGAGUGAAUCCGAAAUGGAACCCUAUUCCCUAUGUAGCGCAUUACCCUGGUCAAUAGUAGUGCACUAUAACAUUGGACAAAAUGGCACCCUUUUCCCUAUGUAGCGCACUACCCUGGUCAAUAGUAGUGCACUAUAAUAUCGGACAAAAUGGCACCCUCUUCCCUAUGUAGCGCACUACCCUGGUCAAUAGUAGUGCACUAUAAUAUUGGACAAAAUGGUACCCUCUACCCUAUGUAGCGCACUACCCUGGUCAAUAGUAGUGCACUAUAAUAUUGGACAAAAUGGCACCCUCUUCCCUAUGUAGCGCACUACCCUGGUCAAUAGUAGUGCACUAUAAUAUUGGACAAAAUGGCACCCUCUUCCCUAUGUAGCGCACUACCCUGGUCAAUAGUAGUGCAUUAUUGAGGUUGUUGUACACU